AUGCAGGUCAAGCAGCAUGUCUGGUCAGGGGCGGCUGAUGCACUGCACAUCAUCGGCCCCACUGGCGUUGCAGAGCUCUCCACUGCGGCCUUGCAGCAAGCGCAGCAGCGGCAGCUGCGGCGACAGGAGCAGCAGCAGCACCAUAACUAUCCAGACGAGCGUCAUCAAUUGAAACAGCAGCAGCGAGAUCAGGAGCAGGAGCAGGAGCAAGAGCAGCAGCAGGAGCAGCAUCACGACUUGCGGCAUGCUCCGGCUGGCCCUGGCAGUGCCGCUGCCAGUGGCAGCGGCCGCAGCAGGAGCGGCGGCAGCGGCAGCACCAGCAGCAGCAGCACCACCAGCAGCAGCACCAGGCUGCUGCCACCCGCUUUGGUGUCCGAAGCGCCUGCAGCAGCGUCCGGAGCUCCAGUUCCACCGCCCGCCGCCACCUUCAAUGGCCACGGCACGCGGCUGCAAGCCGCACCUGCAGGGGCGCGAGGCCCUCCUGUCGACCAGUUCGUCCUGUCCGGGCAGAUUUCGUCCUGCGCCUGCUGGCAAGACCUGGCCGCAUUGGUGGCUGCACACCGGGAUGACCUCAACACUGUCCACAUCAGCGCGGCAGUCAGCAGGCUCGUGAGACUCCGGGAGCAGCGGGGGCGGGCGCGGGCCGAGGGGCGUCGGCGAGACGAGCGGCAACAGCAGCAGGACCAGGCAGGGGACUCGCGAGAAGCUGCGGGGCAGCAGGCAGAGGCAGGGGCCACGGAUCGUGGUCCCGCGGCGCUGCAGGCGCUGCUGGUUGACCUGGCUUGGCGGCAGAGGCAGCAGCUGCGGCCGCGGCAGGCGGCCAACAUCCUGUGGGGCUUGUCCCAGCUGCCCGAGUGGCGCGCCGCCGGCUCAGAGCCCGCGGACGGAGCCACUGCGGCGACGGCGGCAGCGGCAGCGUUGUCCGUGGGUUCAGAGAGCACCGGCAGCUGGCCCCUCGUGUCGCAGCUGUUUGACCGCUGCGCGGCGCUCUUCAGUGCCACAGACUGCGAGCCGCGCCAUAUGUCUGUCAUCGCCACUGCGGCGGCGCGCCUGCGCUACCGGCCGGGGAGAGAGUGGGAGGCGCGCCUGUGCUCGGCCUGGGCUGCCGCCAUGCGCGCGGCGCUCGAGGCCGCCGCCGGUGACGCGCGGCGGCGCCAAGCGCAACAGCUGGAGGAGCCGCAGCAGGGGCAGGGGGGUGCGAGUCGUGCGUGGCGGCGGCCGCCGCGCCGGGUGGCGGCGGAGGUGUCCCCUCAGGCAAUGGCCAACCUCUUGUGGGCGUUGUUGGAGCUUGAGCUGCGGCCUGGGCGCGAGUGGGUGGAGGGGGUCACCGCGGACGCGGCGGCGCUGCAGGCUGCGCUGUGGGAGCAAGCCAAAUCGCAGGCACAACAACAGCAGCAGCAGCAGCAGCGGCAGCAGCAGCAGCAGCAGCAGCAGCAGCAGCAGCAGCAGCAGCAGCAGGAGGGGCUGGCAGAGGAGAAGGGGCUGGAGGAGGGGGCGGGCAACGGGCACAGAGCUGGUGGCCGACAGCAGCGGGAGCAGCAGCAUGAGCGCCAGCAUUCUGAGAAUUCAGCCGGGGCAUGGCGGGCAGCGGCGGCGGCGCCGUGGCCGCCCAACAGCCUGUCUCUGUUUGUCUGGGGGCUAGCUGGCCUCGGCUACGAUGCUCGAGCAGGCAGCAGCAGCAGCAGCAGCAACAGCAGUAGCAGCACCAGGAGCAGCAGCAGCAGCGACAUCUGCACCGGCAGUGGCGGCGGGCGAAUGCUGGAGGAGCAGAUCCAGGCGACCGUCCACCAGCUGCCUGGCAGGUUCUCUGCGCGCGACGCCGCAAACCUCGCUCUGGGCUGCGCGCGCUCGGGGUUGGCGCUCGCGCCCGACGCGACCGCCGCGUUGCUGCAGGGCGCGGCGCAAGACCUCGCUGGCGGCGGCGGCGGCGGCAGCGGGGCCCGCGUGUGCAUGGACGCGGCGGCGCUGAUGGUUCAGGCGGCGCACGCAGCGGAGCGCACGGGGGGCCACGCAACAGAGGCGCUGCUGCAGGCCGCAUUGCCGUGGGCCGAUGCGCUUGCCGCACGCGUGCAUGAGUGCAGCGCGCGCCACGCGGCCAACGCGGCCUGGGCGGCCAUGCGGCUCGGCCUGCACGCCGCGCGGCCGGCACUGCUGCCAGCGCUGAUAGACCGGGCUGCGGCCUCCCUUGCCUGCAGCGGCGAUGUGAGCAGCAGGGACGGCAGCGGCGGCGAGGUGGGUGAGGGCAGCGGCGGGGAGCAGCUCACAGCACAGGGGCUGUCGAAUCUGCUGUGGGCGGUUGCUCAAGCGGCAGCCCACGAGCCCAGCAGCAGCAGCAGCAGCAGCAGCAGCAGCAGCAGCAGCAGCAGCAGCAGCAGCAGCAGCAGCAGCCAAAAAAGCAGCAGCAGCAGCAGUAGCAUGUCGGACGGCUCAGUGAGCUUGGCUGGCACUGCACCCCUCAGCAUCAUCCGCACCGCCACCACCAGCAGCAGCAGCAGCAGCAGCAGCAGCAGCAGCAGCAGCAGCAGCAGCAGCAGCAGCAGCAGUGAUGCCGCGGACGUCAGGCAGCUGGCGGCGGCGACGCAGCGGCUGCUCCGCGCCUGCCCGCAGCUCCUGCCCGGCGCCCGCCUGCACGACACCUCGCAGGCGCUGUGCGCGCUGGCGCGGCUGCACCAGACGGCGCUGCGGCAGCGGCGCAGCGGAGGCACGUGCCGCAACGGCGGCGGCCGGCCUGUUGCUGGCGGCGGGCCUAACGGGGCGCAGGCGCCGUCGUCCCCGCUUUCGCCUUGGCCGUUGCUGGUGCGUGUGACGCCGGCAGCGCAGGUUGGCGCGGCGGAAAGCAGGGCGGCCCCGUGGCAGCGGCUGGAUCAUUUGGUGAGCAGCUGCCACCACCCGGCCGUCGACGCCUGCAUGCUCCAGCUGGCCCGUACACUCCAGCAGCAGCAGCAGCAGCAGCAGCAGCAGCAGCAGCAGCAGCUGCUGCCUGGCAGUGUCGAUCAGCAGCAGCAACAGCUGCUGCAGCAGCAGCCGCAGCAGCGUGCGCGCUCGCUCGCGCUCUCUGCCUGGGCGCUCGGGCGCCUGGCGCCGCGCGUGGCGCAGCCUGAGCUUGUGUGGCUGCUGCAGGCCGCGUCGCGGCCGCUGCUGGCCGGCAUGGCCCCCUCGGACACCCUGCUGCUGCUCUGGGGCGCAGCCAAGCUGCUCGCCCCUGCGCGCGCGGCAGAGGAGUGGCGCCACCAGCAGCGGCAGAGGGAGCGCGACGCCGGCGACGGCGCUGCCGGUGCCGGGAGCGGGCCGGCGGAGCAGGUGCGGCGGCGGCGUGCUGCUGGCGAGGGCGGCGGCGCAGCGCGAGCUGCGAGGUCGGCGGCCGGGGGCUAUGCGACAGCGGAGCCGACGCAGGUGCAUUUGCACGACUGCUGGCUGCGAGAUGUCUGCGCUUCGCUGCGGCCGCACCUGCGGUCUCUCAGGCCCCGCGACCUGUCCAUGCUGCUGUGGGUGCUGGGCGCGCUGAGGUGGCACCCGGGCGGCAGCUUCCUCACGGAAGCCCUGGAGGCUGCGGUCGCGCAGCUGCCCGGCUGCGGCGCGCGCCAGCUGGCGAGCCUGCUCUGGGGCGCCACGCGGCUGCGCGCCCCGGCCGUCGCUGCCGCCGCUGCCGCCGCAGCUCCCCUUCCGCCGACAGUGGAGCAGCAGCCGGUAGCGGACACGGGCGGCGCGCCGCGGCUGGCCCGCAGCAAGGGCGCGGCACGGCUGCGGGAGCUGCUGGGUCAAUUGGUUGUGCACUGGGAGACCAAAACGGCAUCAGCCAGCCGGGUGGAGCUGGAAAUGGCGGUCUGGGCGCUGCAGCGCCUGCAGCCGGGCCGCAGCAGCGCGCGCGCCCCGCGGCGGCGCGAGCGGCGGGGGGUGGCGCUCUCCCGGCGGCGGCGGGGGCGCGAGACGGCGGGCGAGCGGGGCGCGCGGCUGCGGCUGCUGCUGCCGCUGGCGCAAUCUUCGCUGCCGCAGCAGCAGCCGCAGCAGGAGCAGCAGCUGCAGCACCAGCACAGCGCGCCCCAGCCAGGCCGCCCACAGCAGCAGCAGCAGCAGGACCUCCCACAGCCCUUGCCAAGGCACAGCCAGCCUCAGACAGCAGCUGCUGCCAUGCCCCAGCCGGCCAGCGGCCCGGACCGCCCCACUGCGCCCGAAGCCGAGGGCACCCCAAGCCUGUCGCUGGGGCCGACAGCUGCAGCAGCCGUGGCAAUCUGA